AUGGCCUUCGAUAUGGAGAAACACCAGACGACAACGGCCAAAGAGCCAGUGGGGGAUGUAGAAAACCCCGGAUCCCUGGCCAGCACAACUCUCGACCGCAAUGCGCCGCACAUUAACGCCGACCGGCUCGCGCGCAAGCUAUCGCCGCGUCAGGUGCAGAUGAUCGCCAUCGGCGGCACCAUUGGCACAGGCCUGUUCCUGGGAACGGGGAAAGCGCUCGCGACAGGCGGCCCGGCGUCCAUGCUCAUCGCGUAUGCGAUUUGUGGCGCGAUCGUCUUUGUGACCAUGCUGUGUCUGGGGGAGAUGGCGGCGUUCAUCCCUGUUGCGGGGUCGUUCUGCACGUUUGCUGGGCGGUUCGUUGAUGAUGCGCUGGGGUUCGCCCUCACGUGGAACUACUGGUUUAAUGAUGCUGUGUCGACCGCGUCGGAUAUCAUCGCGCUGCAGCUGUUACUGGAGUUUUGGACGGACAAUUUCCCCGGCUGGGCGAUUAGCUUGAUCUUCCUUGCGGUUGUGAUUGCGUUUAACGUUCUCUCUGUGAGGGUGUAUGGAGAGAUAUUCAUCAUCCUCGGCAUCGCAGUCAACUGCGGCGGAAACACGGACCACAAGUACAUCGGCGACAAGUACUUCUACGUCGGCGACGCGCCAUUCGUCGGCGGCAUUGGCGGAUUCGCCUCGGUCUUCGUGACUGCCUCAUUCGCAUACGGCGGCACCGAGUCCAUUGCCGUAACAGCCGGCGAAACCAAAGACCCGGCCAAAAACCUCCCCAAAGUGGUCCGCAACGUCUUCUGGCGCAUCAUCCUCUUCUACAUCGUGUCGAUCAUCAUUAUCGGCCUCAACGUGCCCUACAACUACCCGGGCCUCUCCGAGGGCAACACCGCCACCAGCCCGUUUACCAUCGUCUUCGUGCAGGCCGGCAGCGCCGUCGCCGGCAGCUUCGUCAACGCCGUGCUCAUGACCAGCGUCAUCUCCGCCGCCAACCACGCCCUCUUCGCCGGCUCCCGUCUGCUCUACACCCUCGCUGUCGACGGCUACGCCCCCCGCUUCUUCGGCCACCUCAAUCGCUUCCAGGUGCCCUGGGUCGCCGUGCUCGCCACCUCCGUCAUCAGCGGCCUGUGCUUUGGCGCCAGCUACAUCGGCGCUGGCCAGUUGUGGUCGUGGUUGCAGAACAUCGUCGGCGUCUCCAACCAGCUCUCAUGGGUCUGCAUCGGUCUCGCGUCCCUGCGCUUCCGCGCCGCCAUCCGCCGCCAGGGCCUGGAGCAUCUCCUUCCGUUCAAGAACUGGACCUACCCCGUCGGGCCGGUCAUCGCCGUCGGCCUGAACAUCGUGCUCAUCCUCGUCCAGGGAUGGUCGUGUUUCAGCCCGACCUUCCAGCCCGUCGACUUCGUCUCGUACUACAUCGAGAUUGCCAUUAUGCUUGUGAUGUUUGUGGGAUGGAAACUCAUCAAGCGCACAAAGUAUGUCCGCUUAGACGAGAUGGAUCUCGAGACGGAUCGGUAUACGUUUAUCCCGCAGGAGCGGGAUGAUGCUGCGGAGAUGGAUUUGGGACCGCAGGCGCAGGCGCAGAGUACGCAAAGGAAGAUGUUCUCUGUGCCGUUGGGAGAGAAGGGCGGCCUGUGGACGGCGAGGUUGAAGAGGUUUGGGAUGUGGUUGUUUUUUUAG